GUUUGCUAGUGUCUUACGCCGCUAGCCGAUUGUUGCUCGCAGCAGCAGCCGCAUGACCGCAUAACCUGCACGAGUGUACUGUGCACGGCGUCCUAGGAGUCGUGCAUGCAUCACCUUGCACGACGGCGCGAGUCUUAAUCACGGCUGCCGCAGCACGCGCGCUGGCCGGCGCCAUGAGUGCCAUGGCCCCGCCGGCGCGCGUGCUGGUCGUCGCGGGCCCGACCGCCGUCGGCAAGUCCAGCGCUGCCUUAAGACUGUGCGAAGCCAGGGACGGCGAGUUGGUCAGCGCGGACAGCGUGCAGCUCUACCGCGGCCUCGACGUCGGCUCCAACAAGCCGUCGCCGGCGGAACUACAAAGGGUGCGCCACCACUUGGUCGACGUCGCGGACGCAUCAGAACCCUGGUCCGCCGGCGCGUGGUGCGCCGCCGCGGCCGAGGCGGUCGGUGAUGUAGUGAAACGAGGAAAACUGCCAGUCGUCGUCGGCGGCACGAUGAUGUACGCGCAAUGGCUCGUGCGGGGCGCGCCGGACGCGCCCAAGGCGUCCGCUACAGCGGCGGCCUCGGCUCAAGAAUUCCUAGCACCGUACGGCGACGACUGGGAAAGUGCUCUGAGCGCGGUUGCUGCGCGUUCGGAAGCGUGCGCGGCGCGCGUCGCGAAGCUCUCGCAGAACGACUUCUACCGCCUGUCGCGCGCGCUGGAGAUCGAGCUCGAUCGGGAGGCCGGCGGCGGGAGUGUCGAAGCGCGCCGGCCGGUCCUGGGAAGUGAUUUUGACGUGCGCUGCGCGUUCCUGGCGCCGGCGGACCGGACCGCGUUGUACCACGCUAUUGAUGAAAGGUGCGACAUUAUGCUCGCGCGCGGCCUCUUGGAGGAGACGGCUAAUCUAAGAGCGGCGGGGCGGCUGCCUUCGUCGUCGACGGCGGCGCGCGCCAUCGGCUACCGCCAGGCCCUGGAUUAUCUGGAGGCGCGCGUUUCUGGGGAAGCGGACGCGUCGCUCGAAAGCUACGUCGCCUUCUGCCGCCAGUUUCGCACGGCAUCUAGGAACUACGCCGCCGAGCAGCUCAAGUGGUACCGGCGCGACGCUACUUUUGCCAUUGUGCCUGCCGGCGACGACGCCGCGCUGGCGACGCUGCUGGAUCUGGACCGCGGCGCGUACGACGCGUUUUUGUCUAGUGACGCGCAGGCGGCGGCGCGCAAUGAUCUAGCCGGCGACCCGAAGGCCAUGAAGACCUUCGCGUCGCGGCCGUGCGCCGCCGAGGCCGACCCCGAGGCGGCCCUCGCGCGCGCCGCCGCCGCGGUGGCGCGCUUCGCGGAGGCGGAGUUCGUGAGCGGGGACGACGUGCGGCUGGCGGAGCUGCGGCGGCGGGAUGGCGUUGGUGACUAACAAGGACAUUACGG